GGCGGCGCUGUCCAGCUCACAGGAAGAGGUCCAAAGGGCCAUCAUCCGACAAGCAAGACGGCGCGCAGAAGCCAGUGGGGCCCUUGUCUAAGGGCUCCACCCAUUGAGCGUUUUAUUCCUCAAUAAAGUUGUUGUUCUUCUUCUUCAUCAUACUCAUCUGGAUGAGCACGCUAGGCGCAUGCCACCAGGCAAAGGUCUCCAAGCUUCAAUACAGAGAUUAUCUCUUUGAAACGGGAUGGAUCGUGGCUUACGGGCCUCCGUUAGCCGGUAGAACUGUUCCGAGGUUAAUUUAGCGACUGGCUGCUCAUCGAAACGUACCAAAGCCAACAGCAGCGCGAUCAAGGUCUCCGGAGAUUUCAAAGCUUCGUCUCACCAUUUUUCUGCGUGCUACCGCCUGCAGCACGCAGAAAAAGCGCCGUGCGAAUGUCGUCCCGCGGCUGCCAGGAAGACCGUGGCGAACGUGCACCCGGCGCGCUCUCUCAGUAUGGCGGCACGCGGCAGCAAGGAACACGUGUCCGGUGGCAAAGAGGACGAAGCGGCCGACGAUUUCGGCCAUGGAGGUCACGGUGCCCCCGCUUCCCGAAGACGCUGACCGGCAGCCCUGCCAGGAGGGGAACACCAACACGCGUGACGUCCUGUUGAAGCCGCCAUCCUGUACAACCAGCGGCGGUGGCGACGAGUAUGGCAGGACCACGGUCCCGGGCCAGCCGCCGUGGCCGUACCCCUCGGGCGAGGGCGGCGACGUCGAGGCCGACCAGACGCAGGCUGAGAGCGACGUCAGCCUGUCCACGGAGUACCUGACUCCGGCCGGGUCGCUUCUUUCGCUAGACUUCUGCUCCACGUUCGACAUCUUUCCGUGGGAGGGCGACGAGGCAGAACCGAGUCCGCCACCGCGUUUGGCCGAGACGUCCACCAGCACCGCCAGUGUCCUCUCGCCGCCCUCCGGCGAGGAAGAGCGCGACGAGGAGGCCGACGAGCAGCCUGUGGCGCGCAUCCUGGACGUGAGCGGCCAGCGCGUAGACUUCCGCACCACGCCCAGCGCCGCGUCGCUCCUCAGCGACUCCUCGACAAAGUCUGCGCAGCGAGGCUACUUCGUCGUUCAGGGCUACCAGAGCCUCAGCAACAGCGACAGCAGCGACCGCUCGUCCAGCAGCGGCAGCACCUACGCGCCAAGCACCAGCGCCAGCCCGACUCCUCCGCGGACGCCCGUCCGCGCGGUCCACGAUGCGUCUGUGCUGUCCACGAGCAAGUUGCUGAAGCAAUGGCUCGAGGACCCGCUGGAGCCGCGCAUCGAGCCGCGACGCCGACCCACGUGGGCGCGCCUCUGGGCGGGACUGCGCGGGCAUUUGCAGCAGAUGGUCAAGUGCCGCCGGGACCGGGCAGGGCGACGUCGCCUUGCGGGGCGCGACUUGGGACGUCGCCGCCGCGACGCCGGCCGGGCCGGUCGUAAGCUGUGCAGCGACGGCCAGGGGGCAAGUUCCCGGCACAACGUCGACGAAGCCUUCAACAAUGUCAGCUCGGACGAGUUCUACACGGCCGGCGCCCGGUGGUGGCACGUCCGCAGGAUCUAUCAGCGGUGCGUCUCCUACCUGCACGCCCUCUGGUGCUGGCGCGGCCCGUAGGUGGACCUGCCGCGACGCGCUGCCCUGGGCCUGCAACCGGUAUUGCCGGAGCUUGCUGGCUUCUCCUGGGCGUGGCAGCGUGUCCAACGUCGCAAUCGCGGUAGAGUUUCCAACUGCCGCAUCCUAACGAGGGUGCCAGACACCGGCACAAUGGCCUGGCUUUGCUUGCCACUGAGGCGACGUGCACCGUUUCGUUGACUUAAAAAAAAAAGGUGUCCUCGUUUUUGUUUCAAAGGUGAACACAGCCUCGUCUCAUCUCCUAGCUCUAUAAUUCACUUUUAUUAUUUUUUCUUUUACAUCACUCACAAACACGUCUCUGGGCACAAAGCACGUGCCAUAUGAUACACUCUCGCCUUUUUCCGGUCGCGCUCCCCAGUCUCUUCUCCGCCUGGCGGAGGAGGUGCAGCCCACCACACACAAGGCUUCCAGGGGGGAAACACAGCUUCUAGACACGCGCACACACACGCAAACACACACACACGCACACACAUGCAUGCUACGUUUUCGGCUACUAGUGGUGGUCACACAACACGUCCUUUGUAUCACCGUUCGAGCACCCCCCCUCGGGCAGGGUACGACCUCGAGACAAUACAGCACUCGCAGGGCCCAGACAGAGAGAGAGAGGGAGAGAGACAGACAGACAUAGUACGGGGCACCCGUGAAAAAAUACUUGAGAAUCUCGGAACCUCUGCACCCCCCUCAACUAGGCCCGGCUUUGUGUUUGGCCUGUUUGUGACGACAUUGCGCAGGCAAUAAGCGCUGGAAAUGAGUUACAAGAGCUGCACCACAUCCCUGGGACGACACUUCUUUCAUGGCAAGCAGCGCAGAUGCGUGGCACAUGCAAUACAUGCUGUGGCACAGCAGCAUGUUCCAGGAAUGAAACACUUGCAAUAAACUUUGACUAUUACAGUGAGACAAGUAGUGAAAAAAAAUGAUAAA